AUGUUUCUAACUCUCGAGGCCCGACGUUAUUCUUUCCCAACAGCGGAACCCAUAAUUAACCCCUCAAAGAGUACGACUAAACUAAUCCUCCCACUCAUCCACCGUGGUGCUAUUUUACGCCCAUUUCCAAAUAUCAUCACCUCAAGUUUAACAAAUCAGGCAAACAUCGACAUCAGGAGCCUGCUAAUUCCAGACCAAGAAGCCAUGGGUUUCCUAGUAAACAUAUCGAUAGGCGAGCCUCCGGUUCCGCAGCUCCUGUCCCUGGACUCGGGGAGUUCCCUAACAUGGGUACAACCCCUCAUGUGCAGGGGUUGCACCCCUGCCCAAGGCCCCAUCUACGACCCUGGGGCCUCCUCCACGUACAAACCCCUCUCCUGCACCUCCUUAUCCCAAUGCACGCAAUACUCGGACUUCUCCACAUGCCGGCAGGACUCCCGGUGCACCUUCUCCGUAAAUUACCUGGAUACCUCCCACUCGGCCGGCGUUCUCGCCCUUGAGAAGUUCACGUUCGUCACCUCCGAGGGGGGCGCAUCCGUAAUUUCGGACCUCGCGUUCGGGUACGGGCAUGAAAGCAGCGGAAACCUGCAACGAGAGACCGGGAUUCUCGGCCUCCAAGUCCUGAAUGAGCACUCGCUCGUGUCCCGACUGGGCAACAGGUUCUCGUACUGCUUCGGUAACAUUAGCGAUCCCAAUUACCCAUACAGUCGCCUGGCCCUCGGCUCGGGUGCUGUAAUCGAAGGUUUCUCGACACCACUGAGAUUUUUGCAGGGCCACUAUGCGGUGGGCUUGAGGGGGAUCAGCAUGGGCGGGAAAAAUCUAGAUAUAUUUAAGGGGCAUGGUUUUGAGUAUCAGAUGCUGGUUGACUCGGGGUCUACAUUGAUUAGCCUGGAGAGGGGUGCGUAUGAGGAGGUGAGUGGGGCAGUUGGGGAGCUGUUGGACGAGCGGUUGAGCCGUUAUCGCGCAGACAUGUUGUGUUAUUGGGGUGAUUUGAGACGGGAUCUCGAGGGUUUCCCGCUCGUGACUCUGCUGUUGGAGGAGGGGGCCGAGGUUUAUCUUGGAGUAGAGAGUAUUUUCCGGCGACAGAAUGACGGGGUGUUUUGCCUGGCCAUGGAGGUUGCUUCAGCGGGGAUUAAUAUAAUUGGGGCGUAUGCUCAGCAGUAUUAUAAUGUUGGGUUUGAUUUGGAUGCAAAGAGGGUUACCUUCAUGAGCACCGAGUGUGAGCUGCUUGAUGACUGA